GUGUGUGUGUGGUUCAGAAGGGUGAGAAUGUAGCCUAGCCUAGUAGAUGAUCGAAAGGAGUAAAGGUAGAAGUGGAAGGAUAUGACGAAUAUUCGUGGAGUUACAAGGAUACAUUUCUCUGGACGACAACAGAUGAACACAACCUCAGUUAAAACCAGAAGUACACCUUUUAUUCCUAACCAUGGAAGACCUUUGUGAGGUAACUACGCCAGAGGAGAUGGACUCCACUGACACCCACUUGUGCCCCACAUCUGAACCUGUCAGCAGGAAGCCAAGCCUCUCCAGAAAGGACAAAAUGGACACCCAAGCUGCAUCCAUCACAAACCCAGAUACCGCCCCGGCCGAAGCCUCACCCACCAAGGCAAGCGCAGCCAAUUCUUCAGAAGUGGCAAAUAUGGACUCUAUUGAGAAUGCUGAAGCUAGCUCGGUUACCUCAGCCACAGAGCAGAAAGUAGCCAACGAGGAAAACACAGGAGAAUCAUUAGCAGAUUCACCGACAGACGCUAGUGACCCAGACACUAGCAGCACCCCAGACCCUACUGAUCUGUCUGAGGUGCUGACCAGCGGGCCCGUCUCCGUUUCCCUGGAGAACCACAGUGUCUGGAUGGAGUUCUACCACCACGGAACUGAGAUGAUCGUCACCAAACAGGGACGUCGCAUGUUCCCUUACUGUUUCUUCCGUCUGAGCGGUCUGGAUCCCACACUUCGUUAUUCCCUGUUCCUGUCGAUCACUCCCACGGACCCCCACAAGCAUCGCUGGACUGGAUCCAGUUGGGAGGCCUGUGGGCAGGUGGAACCGUAUGAGCAGAGGCUCCCUGGGCGAGCCUUUCCCCACGAGUGCUCACCAGCCACGGGCAAGGAACUGAUGGUCCGCCACGUGUCCUUCCGGACCCUCAAGCUGACUAAUAACAUCCUGGAGCCGGACAGACAUGCUGUGUUGCAGACCAUGCGUCGCUACCAGCCCAGUUUACAUGUCAUUCCUAUCCGUAGUGAAAGUUUACCUGACCCUCACAAUUCUUCACUUAGCUGGCCAGAGGUCAUGACCUUCACGUUUCCUCAGAUGAGAUUUUAUUCGGUGACUACCUACCAAAAUAUGCAGAUAACCCAGUUGAAGAUUGACCACAAUCCGUUUGCAAGGGGCUUCAGGGAGGACAAGCUGAAGCAGGAGCCUCCUCAAGCAGACCCAGUGGAUACCCGUCUCCCUGGUCUAAACCAUGCAAGGCCAAGGAGCUACCACACUGUGAAAGAUCCAGACAACGUUGGCCUGGACCUCAGCUGCAAGAAGCGACCCCUGUCGACCUCAGCUGAGGUAGAUGGCAGGGUGCACGCCAAGCUGUGGCGCGUGGGAUCCUCUCCCUCCGAAGCCUCGGACACCCAGGAGACGGAUGUCUCAGCUGGGGAGGAGGGCCUCGACGUGGGCAACAGUGACAGUGACCACGCGCUACACAAACAGCUCCGGAAGACCCUACUGACCCUGCCCUCCAGUCAGACUAGGCUGUCCGCUACCAGUUCUCAGGCCACCACACCGUCACACGCGGCCCCCCCACAGCCUCCAGGGUCCAGCUUCUCUGAGUGCUCGGAGACAGCAGGGGCUGUGGGUCCGGCCAUGCAGAGCGCUGUUACUGUCGAGGUCAAGAACCUCAUCAUCCAUGCCAAUCUAACCCCCAGCACGCCCAAACCGCCUCAGCUGAAGAGAAUCCUUCCCCGGCCGUCGCCCCCUACUCCCAAGCCCUCGUCUGGCAGUUUUGUGGUGCCCAAGUCCUUUACCAGGGGGAAGAAAACCAAAGCCAAGGGGAAGGGUGUGAACAGCGGGAGGUGUGGCCUUAAGGCAGGAUCCGCCCCCGUAACGCCAACCAGCAACGCGCCUACGGUCGCCAUGCAACCAGAACUAGACGACGUGGAGGGUCUGCUGUUUGUGUCCUUCACUUCAAGGGAGGCUCUUGGGAUCCAUGUGGUAGACAUCCCACCCAGCGUCUCCCCAGCACCACAAGUCCCUGAGCAGAGCCCGGACAGCGCAGCGGUCGUGGAAGUCACAGAGACUGUUGAGGAGAAGAUAAGUCGUGUACAGGCCGUCCUACUGCAGGACCUGGCUACCUUCAAACACAGACAGGUCAUCCAUCCAGUUCUGCAGCAGGUCGGCCUCAAAUUGCCUCUGCUGGACCCGGCACAGGCUAUAGACCUCCAGUACCUGGGGGUACAGCUGCCCCUGCCCCCCCCUGUGUUAACGGGAAAGGACAAUCUUACGACCCCAGCCUCCCCCAGUGAUGGAGGAGUUCCCUUUGUGUCUCGGACAGGAAAGACCAGCGAUCUGACGAAGAUCAAAGGCUGGAGGGAAAAAUUCACAAAGACCAAAGAGUCCCCCUAUGCCACACAGAACGAGGGGGCACUGAAGAACCGCUCUGCGUUCUGGAGCGACAUGCUGGAUGAGUACCUGGAAAACGAAGCUCAACAAAUCAGCGAGCGUGCGGCUGCCUUCUCCCUUAACCCCCAGGGCCCGGUCGCCUACGAGCUGCCGGCUAAAAGCACCAGCUACGUGCGGACCCUGGACAGCGUGCUGAAGACUCGCACCCCCUCUCCCCAGCUUCCUGCCUGGACCAACAGGCCCUGCCCCCUCUCCCGAAAGUCCCUCCUCUACUCCGUCUUGACCACGCCCCCUCCUCCCCUCGCCAACUCUAAGAAGCCCGCCCCCUCAGUAAGAGCCAAACCGCUGGCCACGCCCCCACAGACCAAAUCCAAAACCGCCACGGCAACGCCACGACCGGCGCAGGUUCAGAGCGCCAAGAAAAUGCCCACCUCAGCUGUUCGAGCCCCCGUCGGAGCCAAGGCCUCACACCCAGCCAGGCCUGCUGCUCAGAGGUCUCCUCCUGCCAAGGUCUCUGGGAGGAGGGACAGCAGUCCGGGGGCAGGGCAGGCUGGCAGCUGGCUGUACUACCGGACCCCAGGCCUCACCAGGUUCCAGCUCAAGCUGCAGGAGAUGGAGGAGGCCUCUGCCUACCUGGGACACCACCGAACAUUCAUCAGCCAGGAGAGGACGGAGGUGGCCCUGAGCACACUGCUCACCAUACAGGGUAUGUCCAAGACCCGGACUCUACACACCAAGCCCAUGAAGCUGGUGGAGGGCCCGAAGUGUGGGCAGGAGUUCUGCCGGCUGGGCUGUGUGUGUGCCAGUCUGAACCGCAGGAACAGAGGUCCGCUCCACUGCCAACGGACAGAGUGCAUGCUGGGAUGCGCCUGCUUCAAGCGCAGGAUCAUCAAACAGACCACAGAGACAGAGAAGGAGGCCCCGACAGGGCCUGUGUACACGGUGUCGAGGGUGGGCAGUGACACCCAGCCUAACCCAGGCUGCCACCUCUCCCGUUUGUGGGACCAGGACAACGAGGAGAACGACCCUGAGCCGCUCCACGUCCCCAAGUCUGCCCCCCAGGAGCCCUGCAAGAGCACCUCCUCUGCCAAGCGCUACACCCCCAAACCCACCCCUCAGAUGCGAGAGGAGGAUAAAGAUCCGGUGUAUAAAUACUUUGAGAGCAUGAUGACCUGCGCCCGCGUGAGAGAGUUCAACAGCAAACCUCCUCCCCAGAUGCUGCUCCUGUCUAAGACCUCCUCCACCCCGGCCCCCGCCUCAACCCCCACCUCUGCCCCGGCCUCAACCUCCGCCCCGGCCUCCACCUCCUCCCCGGCCUCCACUCCCACCUCUGCCCCGGCCUCCACUCCCACCUCUGCCCCGGCCUCAACCUCCGCCCCGGCCUCCACCUCCUCCCCGGCCUCCACUCCCACCUCUGCCCCGGCCUCCACUCCCACCUCUGCCCCGGCCUCAACCUCCGCCCCGGCCUCCACCUCCUCCCCGGCCUCCACUCCCACCUCUGCCCCGGCCUCCACCCCCACCCCGGCCCCCGAAGUGGAGAAGGAGCCCAGGAACGUCCUGACCGCCCCUCUGGCCCCACCUCACACAGCAGAUAAGGGUCGUUCUCAGCCCAGGCCCAGAGUUUCUGAGCCCAGCAAGAUGCUGGAGAUCCAGUCAGAGUGUAACUGGGACGCUCACCGCAAGCUGGUCCUGAUGGUGCUGUGUCGACGGCUGAAGCAGAACGGCCUCUUCGCCCCCUUCAGGGUGGGGCCGUACCAGAUCAAGCUGCUGUCCUGCGGCCGCAAGGCUGACAGCAGCACUAUCAUCUACAAGAUCAGUGUCAGUCUGGCGGCGAAGAAGGACAACGAAGAGAACCCCAAACACAGUGAGGAAGAUGAGGAGGAAGGUGGAGAGAGUGUGGAGGAAGGUGGGAGAGAGGAGGAGGAGGAGGAGGAGGAGAGGACCGGUGCCCAGGCAGAAGAGCAGGAGAAGCAGGUUGCCGUCAUGCCGUUCUUGGCUGGAGUGUUUCCUGCCGGUCGCCUCAAGGCCAGAAAGAAACAGCCUGGGAAAGCUGCUGUGGGACUCAUACAGGUGAACGGGAAGUCCUACUCUCAGGCCAGACUCCUGCUGGGACAGAUGGGAGCUCUGCAUCCGGCCAAUCGGCUCGCUGCGUUCGUCACAGGCAGGCUGCGCAAUGCACAGAGAAGACCAGCCAAGAUGUCUCCCAAGGCCUCCAAGUCUCCUGGGAACACUUCUCCCAGGCCCAGCCCCCUGCCCCGGCCGCGAGUGCUGCCCCCUGGUGGCCCUCACCCCAAGACCCCCGGAGCCAACGCCCCCCUGCUGCAGAGGGGCUCCAAGGCUGGGGUCCAGAAACCAGAUAAGUCUUCCCGUACUCUCCUCAACCAACAAACACCAACAAACCCCAAAGAAGUCACCGCGCCCUGCAUGAUGUUGGUCACCUCCCAGCACCCCCCCGCAGUGCCGCUGCCCUCUAUAGCCAAGAAGGUGGUACUGCAGUCCAUCUCCAGCCUCCAGGGAACCAAGCUCUACCGCCAGCCCAACGGACAGCUAGUCAAACUGGUGGCUGUUAAGCCCAAGGCUGUCGUCGUUGGCAAGAACCCUGUUGAAUCUCCGACAACACAGCCGAAUCAGCCAGAAACUCUGGUGCCGUCUCGAGUCAUCCCUCCCCUCUCCACCCCCGGACCCCCCCCUUCCAACACUGCCUCCUUCCCUCGGAGCCUUCCUCCGCUAAAGCCUCUCAUCAAAUUCAUCACCGGCCAACAUGGCACAGUCACCCCCUCCCAGACCCCCUCUCCCUCCCCCCUCGCUCUAACAGUCUCCUCCUCCAUGAAAACCCCCAGCUUCCUGGGUCAGAGAGGAACCUACUCCUUCAGAAUCUUCCCCCCUCCGGCCGACCAGGCCUCCAAGGGCCCAGGGCAGAGCCAGGCUGGCCCAGCAGGAGUUUCCCUCCCUGGGGGCUUUACCCUGAUCCAGCUCCCUAAGCCUGGAGCUGCUGGUGUCGCUCCACAGCCAGCCAGGGCAGCUAAACCAACAGCCCUAAAUAUGACUGUUAAACCACUGCAGCCAAGGAAGGUUUCCUCUAACGGUGACAUGGUCUUACAGAGUCUUAGUCUUUCUAGAACCCCUACCUCUACAGCCGGCACAGACACACCCGAGCCUGUCUCCGCUGACCACUCCUACACUGGACCCACCCACCAGCCACGCCCUAAAGUGGCCCCGCCCCUCCCCUCCGGCCCCAGGAAGUCCCCCUUGCUGACCUGUGAUGAGGAGAUGGCGUCUGAGGGGAGCGAUGCAGAGAUCGGGGAGGUGACUGGGGAGCAGAUGCAGGACAACGGUUAUUCUGACCUCACAGAGGACUCCGAAGACGACUCGGACUCGGAUGACUUGACAGACACCUCCGAUUCAGACGAUGAUGACGAUGACGAUGACGACGACGACGACGACGACGACGACGACAGGGAUGAAACGGUGGACAUCGAGACGGUGGAGGAGAGGACUCAGAGGUGCAUUAUCGCUGAGAUGAGAGCCGCAGCCAGACGCAGCAUGUCCGACUCCCUUGACUCCAGCCAGGACACUGAUGCGACAGAAAAACCAAGAAAAAAGCAUAGGAGGGGUGAGGGGGAGGAGGGGUGCGAGGAGGGGGGGAAGCGCAGGAACCACACGGUGACAGAGAGGCUGCGACGCUCGGAGCACCGCAAGCUCUUCACCAAGCUCAAGGACGUCCUGUUUCUGGAGGAGAUGGACCCCAGGGCCUCCAAGCUGCUCGUCCUCUCUCAGGCCCGGAGAGAGAUCAACACUCUCGUGAACAGCUCCGCCUACCUGGAGGAGAAGAAGAAGAGACUGACCCUGAAGCAGUCUGCGUACGUGAAGAAGAUCGCCCACGCGUCUGGAAAGCCAGAGGAGCUGAUCAGGUCCAAACUGAGGGAGAUCUGUGAGCGUCAGAAAGACAUGUGUGCCCAGAGGAACAAGGCUGCUUCCCCAGACGCCCAAUCCCUGACCUCUACCACGCUGUGCCAGACGGCUUCCGUCUCCAGACACCCCGUCACAGUGCCCCAGCCACACACCAAGACCAGCACGGUCACACAGCCUGCCUCUCUGAAAGCCGCUGGAAGAGGAGUCCUCACACUGAAGGUCACAGGCAUUCCAUCUCCGGCUCCCCUCACAGCUAUUCCGGCAACAGCCAGGGAGGGGGAGGGGGGGGAGGCUGAGGAGGGGGAGGGGAGGAAGUGGAGAGAGGUGACUCCCUCAAAUGCCCCUGACCCUGAGCCCUCGGGCCAGAAGCCUGAUACGACGGACCGCAAAAGGGGACCUAUGGUUCCUGAGCAGACCUCAAGAGAGAAAAGACCGAAGGAAGAGGAGGAGGAGGACGAGGAAGAGGAGGAGACUGACUGGGAGGCUCAUGCCUCCCACAGCUCCGUGGAGGAAGAUGUCUCUUCCAACAAGGAAAAGAUCUACACCCCUGUCGACAAGACCUCCGAUCCCAAACUGGCUGACUCGUCUCCUCUGGGUGAGAUGCCUUGCCUCAACAGCGCCAUCUGGAGGCCACAGGAGCAGCUGCAGGCUGGUGGCAACCCACAGACUAAAGCCAGGAGUCUCGGGAAGGAGGCGGUCGUGCGAGUACAGGGCUUGUCUAAAGACGAGCGCAGAGAGGGGCCAGACUCCCUGCAGGACCAAGACGUUUCUAAGGACGAAGAUUUGGUAGCCAGGACAAAAGUGUCUCCAAGGAAGCGAAUGCGAGAAACCUCUUCAGAGAGGAUUCCUGUCAGCCCGUCCUCAACUCUGGUCCCCGCCAAACGACUGCCUCUGCUCCUGCCCAAGGUUCAGGCUAGCAGGCUUAAGCCUGUGUCUCCAGUCGGAGACCCCCCAGCCACAGUGGGGGAUGCCUCAGUUCCAGCCAAACGUGGCCGGGGAAGGCCUCCUAAGAAGAAGCCUGCUGGUUCUGAGACGGUUUCUGAGGAUAGCAGCACGGGAGACAGAGGGAAUAAGACUCCGGCCAGCAUAGAUCCACAAUCUCCAGCUGUUGAAAUCCCACCGGCGCCGGAGAGUCCAGCUGCUGUGGACUGCCUCGCUCCGCCCAAGAGAGGCAGAGGAAGGCCCCCGAAGAAGAAGAGCGAUGCUUCUGAAGCUCCUGUGGAGGAUGUGUUAAAGACGGGCAGCAGCCAAGAUGGGUCUGCCCGGGCUGAAGGCAGCCCAGCUGGAACCAAGCCUGGGGGCCGCCUGUCUGGAACUAGCCCUGCCACACGGACCAGGGGAGGCCCAGACACAGUGCCCAGUGCUGGGGAGAUCCCCCUGACGACUGGAAGCAGCCCGGCCUCACCAGCUAGAGUCAGCCCUCUUAGCAAGCCUGUGACCCGGAGUGCGUUGGGGAAAGACUUCCCUAGUGCUAAGAGGAAAUCCUGGACUGACUACCUGAUGUAGUGGAGCUGUUGUGUUUUUAUUCACACUAACACAGCUUUAAACUGACACACUCGACAACCACGUCAUCCACACUAACAGCAGAAGAACUCUUGUAACUCCUACUGUGGUGCUGCCUUCCUGGCCUGUGCUUGACUAUGUACAAAGGUCUGGAAGUCCCACUAAAUGUGCCUGAUCAUAAAUUCAAGGACCCCAGACAUGCCUCUUUUUUACUGCAUGUAUGGACACAGUAGAGGGAUGUCUUUGACAGAAACAUUAAAUUAAUGUAUGAAUGAAAGGAAAAGUAUGGCUGAUAUUUGAGUAGUUGUAGAUUUUCCAGACCCAUAUUGGGAUCAAUUUUGUUGUCAUUUGAUAUAUGAAAAGGUAUCUCACAGGUCUUUGUUUGAUUAGAUUUGAAGGAUAAAGGACUUGCAUGAACUGGGACGAAUGAACAGGGACUGAUCACUGAUGUCCUUUGUAUGUUUUCAGACCCUUUGUUGGCCUAAUCAUUGAGGCUAGAAACCACUAAAUGGAACACUAAUGAGUGGUAAUUAGGGUUGAAAUACUGUAAAUGACCCAUGUAUGCCAGUGUGUCAAUUGUUUUGCUCACAGUUUGCACUUUAUUUCUUUGUAAAUUCCUAUCCUUCUACAGACCCACCAGAAAUAAUGUCAUUUCAUUGUCCACAUUUUAUUUUUUUCUUAUUUUUUUCUAACCAAAUAAAACUAUUCUUAGAGACUUGUA